CAUUUCCUUUUCACCACCUCUAUAUCUGUGUUCUUCAACCCUUCUCCUCCAUAUUUACAUACACACAUUUUUACCUCUUCUCUCUCUCUCUCUCUGUCUCUGUCUCUCUCUCUCUCUCUCUCACACACACACACAAAACUGAAGAGUUCUGCGCUGUUUCCCAAAGAAAGAACCGAAGCCCCUCAUCAUCAUCUCUCUGUCUGUCUCAUUUUCACGCUCACCGACGAUAAUGGAUAUGGAUUCUCCUCAUCACAACUGGCUCGCCUUCUCGCUUUCCAACCACUCCCUCUUCCAACCCUUAUUCAACUCUAACUCUACUAUCAAUGCAGGCGGGGUUGGGGAUCAUCAAGAACAUGGAAAUGGUACUGCAGAUCGUCAUAAUCUCUCGGUUCUUGGGCCCAAGCUGGAGAAUUUCUUGGGUGCCGCCGGAAGUUCUUCCUCGGCGGAUGGGGUGGCUCAGUUCGACGGUGGAGCUCAGGCGGGGAUUAGUACUAUGCCGGGUGUGGAGAUAUAUGAUGAGUCGGAGCUCAAGACUAUAGCUGCUAGCUUCUUACGUGGGUUUUCCACUGAACAAACUGACGACGCCCAGAAACAGCUGGCGGUGGCGGUGGCGCCGCCGCCGGAUCCUCCGGCGAAGAAGGCCGCCGAAACCUUCGGCCAGCGCACCUCGAUUUUCAGAGGAGUCACUAGACACAGGUGGACGGGGAGAUACGAAGCCCAUCUGUGGGACAACAGCUGCAGGAGAGAAGGGCAAAGUCGGAAAGGAAGACAAGUUUAUUUGGGUGGAUAUGACAAAGAAGAGAAAGCAGCUAGAGCUUAUGAUCUUGCGGCCCUCAAGUAUUGGGGUGCGACCACCACCACCAAUUUUCCGGUUUCUGAGUACGAGAAGGAGAUGGAAGAAAUGAAGCACAUGACUAGACAGGAAUUCGUUGCUUCACUUAGAAGAAAAAGCAGUGGGUUUUCGAGGGGAGCCUCCAUUUACAGAGGAGUCACAAGGCACCACCAGCACGGGCGGUGGCAGGCAAGAAUCGGGAGAGUCGCCGGCAAUAAAGACCUCUACCUCGGCACCUUCAGCACUCAAGAAGAAGCAGCCGAGGCUUACGACAUUGCUGCAAUUAAGUUCCGUGGUCUUAAUGCGGUGACGAAUUUCGACAUGAGCCGAUACGAUGUUAGGAGCAUUGCCAGCAGCAAUCUUCCCAUUGGUGGCGCAACCAACAAGUCGAAAACGGCGUCUGAAUCGAUAUCAGACAGUAGGAGCAUUGACGGUCUGAACUCUGAGGGUAAUAACAAGGAUCUGUCCUCGUCCACUUCGUCCGUCCCAUAUCCGUCCCAAAAUUUGGCUGCAACCAUAAGCUUUGCGCUGCCGAUGAAGCAAGAUCAGUCGACCUGGGCAGCUCUAGGCUACCAAAACCCUGCCAAAAACCCUAAUACAAGUGGUAGUACAGUACUCACCAAUGGUACAACACCGCACUUUGGGAUGGAGUUCCAGGACAGCAACAAUGAGGGCUUGAUCUUUACUGGGGGCAACGGCGGCUACUACGGUACAACCUCGAGCUCAGUUGCCACGACGAAUGAAGGUGCAAGUCGUAAUGCAGUGGACGGGGGUGGCGGGGAGUGGGUGGCGCCGGUGGUGGUGCAUGGGGGGUUCGUACAGGCCGGAAGAAGACGGAAUCUGUCAGCGUUUCAGACACCAAUAUUUGGGAUGGAAUGAAGGGACAAGGGAAUGAUGAUGAUGUUAAUGUUGUCGAGGUGGAAACAAGGAGAGGUGGGCUGGUCAAAAAGAGAGGUUUUUGCUGCUUUUUUGCAUGGGAUUACAAACAAAAUGGGAUUCACAAUCAUUUCAUACCAACUAUAUCUAUCUGCACCCACUGUGUACGAACUCGGUCUUUUUGUUAUGAAGCUCUCUCUCCCCUCUCUCUCU